AUGGAAGAGGUAGUGGAGGAGGAGUUUUCAGUGUGGAAGAAAAACACGCCGUUGCUGUACGACCUCGUCGUCUGCCACUCCCUCGAGUGGCCGUCCCUCACCGUCCAGUGGCUGCCCUCCCCUCCGUCUUCCGACGGCGGCGAUCUAUCUGUCCACAAAUUGAUCCUCGGGACACACACGUCCGAUGAUGUCCCCAACUUUCUCAUGCUUGCGGACGCGUAUCUCCCACGAGAUCCUUCCUCCGCCAUUGCAGUCGACCUCGAAAACUCCAUUGUACCAAAGGUAGAGAUAGUACAAAAAAUGCAAGUUGAUGGGGAAGUGAACAGAGCUCGUUGUAUGCCCCAAAACCAAACUAUAAUUGCUGCCAAGACGAAUGGUUCUGAAGUAUACGUAUUUGACUCGACCAAGCAGCUGGUGGAUUCCAAACGUGGUUCGAAUGACCCAGAUUUGAGAUUGAGAGGCCAUGAUAAAGAAGGGUAUGGUUUGUCCUGGAGCACAUUUAAGGAAGGAUAUCUUUUGAGUGGUUCAAAUGAUUGCAAAAUUUGUUUGUGGGAUGUUUCUGCAAUGCCUCAACAGAAAGUGCUUGAUGCAAACUAUACUUAUGAGGGACAUGAAAGCGUAGUUGAGGAUGUGGCAUGGCAUUUGAAGAAUGAAAACUUGUUUGGCUCUGUUGGAGAUGAUUGUAAUCUAAUGAUUUGGGACUUGCGCACGAACAAGUUCCAACACUCUGUUGUUGUACAUGAAAAAGAGGUGAACUAUUUAUCUUUCAAUCCAUUUAACGAGAAUGUUUUGGCUACAGCAUCAUCUGAUUCUACAGUUGGUCUGUUUGAUUUGAGGAACUUGAGUUCUCCACUGCACGCCCUUAGCAGCCAUAUGGAAGAAGUAUUCCAGGUGGAAUGGGAUCCAAACCACGAAACUGUUUUGGCAUCUUCUGCUGAUGACAGAAGGUUGAUGGUGUGGGACCUUAACAGGGUUGGAGACGAGCAGUUAGAAGGGGAAGCAGAAGAUGGUCCACCCGAGCUGCUAUUUUCUCAUGGGGGCCACAAAGCUAAGAUUUCAGACUUCUCGUGGAACAAAAACGAGCCAUGGGUUAUCUCGAGUGUGGCGGAGGAUAACACGUUGCAGAUUUGGCAGAUGGCUGAGAGCAUCUAUCGAGAUGAGGAUGAACUGACAGCCUAA